CGUCACAUCCGACCCCUCCCUCCAUCUCUCGCCCGCGCAGCAGCAGCAGCAGCAGCAGCAGCCAUGGAUCUGCUCCCGCCGGCGUCGGAGGCGCCGGCUGGCGGCGGCGCGGUGGCAGGGCGGGGGCUGCGGCGCGGGGUCGGGUUCCGGUCGCUCAAGCUGGUGAACGUGGCCAUGGAGGAGGCCCUCCCCGCCGAGCCCGUCGGCGUCGCCUACGGCCGCCUCCCCAACGGCCUCACCUACUACGUCCGCUCCAACCCCAAGCCCCGCAUGCGCGCCGCCCUCUCCCUCGCCGUCAAGGUCGGGUCGGUGGUGGAGGAGGAGGACGAGCGCGGGGUGGCGCACAUCGUCGAGCACCUCGCCUUCAGCGCCACGUCGCGAUACACCAACCACGACAUCGUCAAGUUCCUCGAGAGCAUCGGGGCCGAGUUCGGCGCCUGCCAGAACGCGCUCACCUCAUCCGACGAAACCAUCUACGAGCUGCUCGUGCCCGUCGACAAGCCCGGCCUGCUCUCCCAGGCCAUCUCCGUGCUCGCCGAGUUCAGCUCCGAGAUUCGGAUUUCGGCCGAGGACCUGGAUAAAGAAAGAGGCGCUGUGCUGGAGGAGUACAGGGGUGGGCGCAAUGCCACUGGGCGGAUGCAGGACUCCCACUGGACAUUGUUGUUUCAGGGUUCCAAGUAUGCAGAACGCUUGCCGAUAGGUUUGGAGAAGGUGAUACGGACUGUUACACAUGAGACUGUUAGGCAGUUUUACCAUAAGUGGUACAAUCUAAGCAAUAUGGCUGUCUUUGCUGUGGGAGACUUCCCAGAUACACAGGCUGUCGUUGAGUUGAUAAAGGAACAUUUUGGCCAGAAAGCCCCAGCUCCUUGCCCUCCACCAGUUAUACCGGACUUUCCAGUUCCAUCGCAUAUUGAACCUCGAUUUUCAUGCUUUGUCGAAUCCGAAGCUGCAGGGUCAGCCGUUGUUAUUAGCUGCAAGAUGCCUGCUGGUGAAAUCAAAACAGUCAAGGAUUACAGAGAUUCAUUGGCAGAAUCCAUGUUUCAUUGUGCUCUGAAUCAGAGGCUCUUCAAACUAUCUCGUAGAAGGGAUCCUCCAUACUUCUCUUGCUCUUCAGCCGCAGAUGCUCUUGUCCGUCCAGUGAAGGCAUAUAUUAUGACAUCCAGUUGCCGCGAAAGCGGCACCGUGGAGGCUCUUGAGUCUAUGUUACUUGAGGUUGCUAGGGCACGGCUUCAUGGGUUUUCUGAACGUGAGAUAUCCAUUGUGCGCUCUUUAAUGAUGUCGGAGAUUGAGUCUGCAUAUUUGGAGCGUGAUCAAAUGCAGUCCACCAACUUGCGGGACGAGUUUCUGCAGCAUUUUCUUCGUGAGGAGCCUGUUGUCGGAAUUGAAUAUGAAGCACAGUUGCAAAAGACUCUUCUUCCUUACAUUUCUUCUGCGGAAGUGGUUAAGUUUGCAGAAAACUUUUCAACAAUCAGUAGCUGUGUUAUCAAGAUUGUUGAGCCCCGAGCUCAUGCUUCUUUAGAGGAUCUGAAAGCAGUUGUAUUGAAAGUUAACACUCUGGAAGAAAACAAGACUAUUCCUCCCUGGGAUGAAGAGCAGAUCCCUGAAGAAAUUGUUAGCCAAAGUCCAGAGCCAGGAAAUAUCAUUGAUAAAGUGGAGCACCCAGGCAUAGGUGCUACUGAGAUGGUACUAUCUAAUGGGAUGCGGGUUUGCUAUAAGUGCACCGACUUUCUUGAUGAUCAGGUUGUUUUUACUGGAUUUGCAUAUGGUGGUUUGUCUGAAUUAUCUGAAGAUGAAUAUACAUCAUGCUCAAUGGGCUCGACAAUAGCAGGAGAAAUUGGUAUUUUUGGAUACAGGCCUUCUGUCUUGAUGGACAUGCUUGCUGGCAAGAGAGCUGAAGUUGGUACAAAAGUUGGGGCGUACAUGAGAUCAUUUUCUGGCGAUUGUUCACCUUCAGAUCUUGAGACUGGUUUGCAGCUUGUCUACCAACUAUUUACAACAAAGGUGGAGCCAAGGGACGAAGAAGUAAAAAUAGUGAUGCAAAUGGCAGAGGAAGCUAUAUAUGCUCAGGAAAGAGAUCCUUACACUGCAUAUGCAAAUCGUGCAAGGGAAAUAAAUUACGGGAACUCAUACUUCUUUAAGCCAAUAAGAAUAAGUGAUUUGAAGAAAGUGAAUCCAAUCAGAGCAUGCGAAUAUUUCAACAAUUGUUUCAAGGAUCCAUCAGCUUUUACUGUUGUAGUAGUUGGAAACAUCGACCCAGCCAUCUCAAUUCCACUGAUUUUGCAGUACCUGGGUGGGAUACCUAAGGUAGGGGAUACAGUUGAGCGACUUAGUCGUGAGGAUCUAAAGGGAUUGCCCUUCAAGUUUCCUGAAACCAUAAUUAGAGAGGUUGUCCGCAGCCCUAUGGUUGAAGCUCAGUGCUUUGUCCAACUAGGAUUUCCGGUGGUUUUGAAGAGCACAAUGAUGACGGAGGAUAUUCACUACGUGGGAUUUCUGAGUAAACUUCUCGAAACAAAAAUCAUGCAAGUACUUCGCUUCAAAUAUGGGCAGGUAUACUCAGUUAAUGUAGGUGUCUUCUUAGGUGGCAACAAACCAUCGAGAAGCGGAGAUGUUCGUGGAGACAUAAGUGUGAAUUUCUCAUGUGAUCCGGACAUGCCAUCUAAACUUGCUGAAUUUGUUCUGGAAGAGAUAUCAUAUCUACAGACAGAAGGCCCUUCUGAAGAAGAUGUAUCAGCUAUCCUAGAAAUUGAACAAAGAGCGCAUGAAAAUGGAUUGCAGGAAAAUUACUAUUGGUUGGAUAGAAUUCUGCGGAGCUACCAAUCAAGAAUUUAUUCUGGAGAUGUUGGAUCCACCUUCAAGGUCCAAAAUGAGGGACGUCUAAAAGUUAGAGAGGCUUUAAAACCAGAGUCGAUGCAAAUGGCCUUGCAAAGGGUCAUAUCUUUCCCUUGUAAAAAACAGUACACCGUAGUAAUUCUUAUGCCAAAGCCAUCUCGCUGGAAUUCGUUGAUAUCGGUUGUGAGUUGGAGUUCUGGUGGAUUUAGCAGAGAUGCCAAGAUUUUGGCUGGCAUGGCCGCCACACUGGUCUUAGCAGCCAGUUUAUGGAGAUACUCACGAGGCGCACUGAGAUCGUAGCGCACGGCACAUUCCAGCAUGUUUUAGUUAAGAUCCAGUUGGUAGAAGGAUUUUGUUACCAUACCCACCUGACCAUCAACCAACCUGUUGGCGGGUGCGGUGAUUCUUGGUCGUCAUGGAAGAAGAUAUACAGCAAUUGGUAGAAUAGAUUCGUUCCUCGCGUGUAAGUUUGUAACAGCAUUGGUUAUAUUGCCGCAUGCGUGCCUGUAACAGCCGCCCACAAAGUUGAUUCUCCAGAUUGAAAUUAGGCACGCAAGGUAGAGUGCGGACACCAGAUA